AUGCAUUGUCACCAGGCACUAACUUUAUUGACGCUUGUCUUUGUUGUUGUUGCUGCUGUUGUGCGGGGCCUUGAGGUCGUACAAUUUGUUGCUGUUGUAGCGGGGGUUGGGGAUGAGGCUGUUGUUGGCCUUGUAAUUGCAGCUGUUGCGCUUCAUCCUGAGAUUGAUGAAGUACCAUUUGUGGAUCACCCUGAAGUUGAGGAGCCAUUGGCUGCUGUUGUUGGCCUGGUUGUUGUUGCGAUAUCAUAUGAUGCUGUUGUUGGCCUGGCUGUUGUUGGCCUGACUGUUGCUGGCCUGGCUGUUGUUGGCCUAGCUGCUGCUGGCCUGACUGUUGUUGGCCUGGCUGUUGUUGGCCUGGAUGUUGUUGCGACAUCAUCUGUUGCUGUUGCUGUUGCUGUUGCUGUUGCUGUUGCUGUUGCUGUUGGUGCUGUUGGUGUUGUUGGUGCUGUUGGUGCUGUUGGUGCUGUUGGUGCUGUUGGUGCUGUUGGUGCUGUUGGUGCUGUUGGUGCUGUUGGUGCUGUUGGUGCUGUUGGUGCUGUUGGUGCUGUUGGUGCUGUUGGUGCUGUUGGUGCUGUUGGUGCUGCUGUUGUGGUUGCUGUUGUGGUUGCUGUUGUGGUUGCUGUUGUGGUUGGUGCUGCUGUUGUGGUUGGUGCUGCUGUUGUGGUUGGUGCUGCUGUUGCUGUUGCUGUUGCUUUUGCUUUUGCUGUUGCUGUUGGUGCUGCUGCUGCUGCCGCUUCUGCUGUUGGCGCUGCUGCUGGUGCUGCUGUUGCCGCUGCUGGUGCUGCUGGUGCUGCUGGUGCUGCUGCUGGUGCUGCUGGUGCUGCUGUUGGUGCUGCUGUUGGUGCUGCUGUUGGUGCUGCUGUUGGUGCUGCUGUUGAUGCUGCUGUUGUGGUUGCUGUUGUGGUUGGACCAUCAUCUGCGGUUGUGGGUGCUGUUGCAGUUGCAGUUGCUGCUGCUGGCCUGACUGUUGUUGGUCUGGCUGUUGUUGGCCUGACUGUUGUUGGUCCGGCUGUUGUUGGCCUGGAUGUUGUUGCGACAUCAUCUGUUGCUGUUGCUGUUGCUGUUGCUGUUGCUGUUGCUGUUGCUGUUGCUGUUGCUGUUGCUGUUGCUGUUGCUGUUGUUGGUGCUGCUGUUGGUGCUGCUGUUGGUGCUGCUGUUGGUGCGGUUGUGGUUGCGGUUGCGGUUGCGGUUGCGGUUGCGGUUGCGGUUGCGGUUGCGGUUGCGGUUGCGGUUGCGGUUGCGGUUGCGGUUGCGGUUGCGGUUGCGGUUGCGGUUGCGGUUGCGGUUGCGGUUGCGGUUGCGGUUGCGGUUGCGGUUGCGGUUGCGGUUGCGGUUGGACCAUCAUCUGCGGUUGUGGGUGCUGUUGCUGUGUUGGAGUCCGAGAAGGGGUCUGUAUCUGGGGAUGAGCAGCCAUACGGGGUGUUUGCUGGGGGUUAA